GCUCGUUUGUUUAGGUGAGGGCGAAAUUUUGUCAGUGAUGGAGUUUUCAGAGGACUUCAACCAGCUUGAGCUUCUGGACUCACAUGGACACCUGAUUCCCAGAGGAGCCAGCAGCCUGUGGACCGGAAGCAAGGAUGAAGAGGAGGAGGAGGAGGAGGAGGAGGAGGACCACAGUGAGGAGUGGUAUCUGGAAAAGGAGGAAGCUCUCAAAGAUAAACCAAAGGAACUCAUUCUGUGGGCGGCAGAAAACAACCGCCUUUCAACACUCCACAGUUUGUUAAUUGCUGAUCCUUUGCUGGUGAACUGCUGUGAUGAGGACGGUUACACUCCACUGCACCGCGCAGCAUACAACGGACAUGUCGAAGUCGUUACUGCUCUCCUCGCUAACGGGUCUAAGGUCAACCGGCGCACCAUCGACGGCUGGACCCCCCUUCACAGCGCCUGCCGCUGGAGCCGCGUCACGGUGGCGCGUUGUCUCCUGCGGCACGGAGCUGAACUGAACGCCCAGACCAACGGCGGGCUCACGCCUCUGCACCUGGCUGCUUCCUACACGAGCGCCACGAAAACAGACUCCGCACAGACGCUGGAGCUCCUCCUGUCGCAGAGGCACCUGAGGCCGGGGCUCCGCAGCAGCAGCGGGGAGACGGCCAGUGAGGUGGCUCGACGUAGUGGCCCGCAUCACUUUCUGUUUGAGAUGGUGGAAGACUGUGUCUGUGUGGCUCCGCUCUCAUGAACAGUCAGCAUUAGGAUUGAAGCUAACACUGAGAUGUGUCCUUGAUCAACUUGGUGUCUAUAUUCUCUGUGAAUAGGGGGAAAUGGAGGGUAAAUGGAUUAUGUUGCAGAUAUGCCUGGGAAGACACAGGUGGACCUUUGCCUUUGUCAGUUGAAGCAUCAUAGUCAAUUUGGUCUAAAUAAAUAGAAACAGAAAUUG